AAUCGCCAAAUCAAAAUCUCAAAGUCUAAAGACUGUCUACUCAUCUCCCACACACGCACACACACGCACACACACACUCUCCCCCCCUCUCUCUAAAAACACACAGAGACAAGCAUUCCGGCGACUACUCCGAUCAAAUCCGACGGUCACCAGGCGAUGGCGAGAGAAUGAAGGAGAUUAUCGAUCGGAGACGGCAGCGAUCAUCAUCAUCAUCACCACCAUCAUGUCAUCGGUUUGGAGCUCCGACUGCUUCUCAGACCUACUGUGCUGCGAGGACUACUCCGGAAUUCUGUCCGGAGAGUCGCCGGAAUGCUCGUCGGACAUGGAAUCUCCGGCGUGUAGCGAAGAAUCCAUCGCCGGAUUCAUAGAGGACGAGCGCAACUACGUCCCCGGCUUCGACUACUUGUCUCGCUUCAACUCCGAUCAUUCCCUCGACAUCUCCGCCCGAGCCGACUCCGUUGCAUGGAUUCUGAAGGUCCAGAGUUACUACGGGUUUCACCCGCUGACGGCGUAUCUCUCCGUUAACUACUUGGAUCGGUUCUUGUACUCCCGCCGGUUGCCGCAAGCAAAUGGGUGGCCAAUGCAACUUUUAAGUGUUGCUUGCUUGUCCUUAGCUGCUAAGAUGGAAGAACCUCUUGUUCCUUCUCUGUUGGAUUUACAGGUGGAAGGUACGCAAUUUAUCUUCGAACCGAGAACAAUCCGUAGGAUGGAGCUCCUUGUGCUGGGUGUUUUGGAUUGGAGGCUACGAUCCAUAACACCCUUCAGCUUCGUCGCUUUCUUUGCAUGCAAGCUCGACCCAGCGGCAACUUUCAUCGGAUUUCUGGUUUCACGGGCCACAGAAAUCAUAUUAUCAAAUAUCAAAGAAGCUAGCUUUCUUGAAUAUUGGCCAUCAUGCAUUGCUGCGGCAGCCAUACUUUCCGCAGCCAAUGAAAUCCCUAAUUUGUCGCUUGAAAAUCCGGAACAUGCUGAAUCAUGGUGUGGUGGACUGAGCAAAGAGAAAAUCAUCGGAUGCUAUCGAUUAAUGCAAGAAGUGGUGGUUGAAAAUAGUGGGAUAAAAAAGUCAUCACCCGAUGUUUUGCCACAGCUUCGAGUUACGGUUCGGGGCAGAGUGAGGUCCAGUUCUGAGUCAUCGUCCUCGUCAGUCUCCUUAUCAUCAUCAUCACCAAUGUCAUAUAAAAGGAGGAAAUUGAAUAACUGCUUAUGGGUAGAUGAUGACAAGGGAAACUCCGAGUAAGAGGAGAGAGAGAGAGAGAGAGAUAUGGGGGAAAAGGAAACUAUAAAUAAAAGAAAGGAAAAUGGUGGUCCAAAAAGUUGUCUAGAAACCUCAAUAUUUUUUUAGGAGGGUUUUGGGAUUAAAAUUGACCUGAUCAUGGGUUUUGUGUAGAUUAUAGUGUCUAUAUAUAUAAGUGUGUGUAUGUACGAGAGAGAGUUUGGUGAGUCUGGAGAUUUUAUUAUUUGUUUUGUUGGUGGGCAAUGCCAUUAUUUCAUUAUUAAUAAUGGCUUUGCAGAUUCCCAAGGCAGAAGGGGAUUUGUUUGGUAAUGUUUUGGUGUGUGAUGAGAAAGCGAAGGGGAAAAAGAGAUAUAUAUAUGUUUUUAAAUGUAGUGGAGUCAUGGAAGCGUGAGAGAAGUGGGGAAUUGAAUUCAAAGGCCGCAUUGAUUGUUGAAUGAAGAAAACGAUGAAGCCGGUGGGGCAUCAAAAGAAAAAAAAAAGAAAAGAAGAGAAAAGAGAGAUUAGGGUUGGCAAAAUUAGGGGAGUGAGCUUUGAAGUUUGAGCUUCACGGGGAUCAAUUUACAAGUCAAGACUUCUCUGCCUCUUUUGAGUUUGACGGGAAAAACCAGCGCGGUGAAUGCGAUCGGUGGCUCCACCCCCAUUUUAGACUUUUUGAGUGGUUUGUGUGCUCUCUUAGCACUGCUUGGUGGCACACAUCUGUGUAUGCGAGUGCAUUUUUGGCGGGAAUUGCCUCUUUUAUUGGCCAUGAGGUGGGCCUAACCAUACUGUAACUCUUUUUUAUUUGGGUGUUUCGCUCGGGUGUGCACGGCCACACGUGUGCUUACACUGUUUUUUGGUUGAUUUUUUUAUUGUUAAAGGGGAGAAGGGAGAAAAAAAAAAAAAAAAAAAAAAACUCAAGAUGAUGAGGAGGAGAAACCUCCUAUCAUAUGGCGUGAAAAAAAAAAAAAGAAGAAAAAAAAAGAAAGGUCUUUGGGGCCUUUCAAGCGUGUUUGUUGUAUUUGAUUCAUCAUCAAUAAAAUAAUAUAAAGACAGGUUUCUUUCAUC